AUGUUCUCAAAUUUCUCACAAUUUGUAUACAUCACUGGGUCCUUCCAGAAACUAGCUCGGAGGUCGGAACAGUUAGAUGCGGAAUGGAGCCGUUUCAAUGAAGCACAAGCAGCACGAGAGGCCGAGAUACGCCGACCUGCGAAGCAUGUUGACGUGAUGCCUGACAACGAAUAUCAAAGAAUACAAGAUACAAAGGCUUAUACGAAAAACCGUUUUAAAGAGCUUAAAGAAACCCGGGAGCAACAGCUUCGUUGUACUAGGAACCUAGUUUUCCUCUUCUUUGGUGGUGACGAAGACUUGCUGGAGAGGGACGUGGCCGAAAUGUUGUUUAACCCGGAGGCAAAGAAGAAAACUGCUGAAAAAGAAGAGCUGGAAAAGACUGAUGACUACAAAAGAAAUCAAGCAGCAGCCAAGCGCAUUUCUGAGGGCAUUAGUGCCGCUCUGUUAAUGCGGAGCCAAGCAAGAUCUGAUCCUUUUACCCAGGGUGAACGCCAUGGCACUGAAUACUUGCAUACUACCAAUAAUUUCCAUCCUGAGGUAGUUUUGGUCACUAGCUACAAUUCAGAGGAGGACUCACUAUCUGACUUCGCUUAUCAAUUGGGAUUCCGACGCAACCAGACCCCUGGAUUCAUAAAAGGUACUACCACGGAAAUUGUCCGCGAGCCUAGGACGGGAUCUCUCGCAAAAGCUGUGAUUGAUCGGCUUGAAAAGGAUAGGAAGUCUGAUCAAUAUCCCACGGAAGUUGAGCAGAAGAUACUCGGAGACUUCUUUGCAGACGAAACUGCUCAAAAGGCCAUGGAAGUUCUCCUUACCGAGUGUGCUAUAUCAUUCAAUAAUUUAGCACAACUCUUGGUUGACAUCAUCAAGAUCGCUAAUGGCCGCAUUCCUGAGAAUUCGCAACCCGUGCCUACAGAACAAUUUGAAAAGCCGUUGGACCAAGCAAGAGAGGACGUUAAUAAAUUUAAGAGCAGAGCAGGGAAAGACUAUUUCAAGUAG